AUGGUCAGAGAGUCCCAGUGCAGCCCGGGGGACGGCGUGAUAAGCACUGCUUACUGUGGUUCCAGAAGAAGCCUUGCUUCCUUCCCAACAUAUGUAGAGGUUCCAGGCCCAUGUGACCCAGAGGACCUGAUUGAUGGAAUCAUCUUUGCAGCCAACUACCUUGGCUCUACUCAGCUGUUCUCGGAUAAAACAUCAUCCAAGAACAUCCGCAUGAUGCAGGCACAUGAGGCCGUCAGCCGCAUUAAGGUGAAAACAAAGAUAGUACACACUCAGACAACCUCAUGUAGUGUCCCUCAGGAUGUGCCUCAGCCCAUGACAGAAGUGGACCUCUUCAUUUCUACCCAGAGAAUCAAAGUGCUCAAUGCUGACUCCCAGCAAGAGACAAUGAUGGACCACCCUUUGCGGACCAUCUCCUACAUUGCUGACAUUGGCAACAUUGUGGUUCUGAUGGCCCGGCGCAGGAUGCCUCAACUUGAAUCUCAGGAGAAUAUGGAAGCUUCAGACCCAGGUCAAGAGAGCAAGUGCCAAUACAAGAUGAUAUGCCAUGUGUUUGAGUCUGAAGAUGCCCAACUGAUUGCACAAUCCAUUGGACAGGCCUUUAGUGUAGCUUACCAGGAAUUCUUACGGGCUAAUGAUAUUAACCCUGAGGACCUUAGCCAGAAGGAGUACAGUGACCUGCUCAACACUCAGGACAUGUACAAUGAUGACCUUAUCCACUUCUCCAAGUCUGAGAACUGCAAAGAUGUGUUCAUAGAGAAAGCUAAAGGGGAUAUUCUGGGUGUGGUCAUUGUGGAGAGUGGGUGGGGCUCCAUCCUACCUACUGUCAUCAUUGCCAACAUAAUGCAUGCUGGGCCGGCUGAGAGGUCUGGCAGACUGAACAUAGGAGACCAGAUCAUGUCAAUCAAUGGAACCAGUCUGGUGGGACUGCCAUUGUCCACCUGUCAGAGCAUCAUAAAGGGUCUAAAGAACCAGUCUCAGAUCAAGCUCAACAUAGUCAGAUGUCCCCCAGUGACCACUGUUCUCAUCAGACGUCCAGACCACCGCUACCAGCUGGGCUUUAGUGUCCAGAAUGGCAUUAUUUGUAGCCUUAUGCGUGGAGGCAUUGCUGAACGAGGCGGGGUAAGAGUGGGUCACCGCAUCAUAGAAAUCAACAGCCAGAGCGUGGUGGCCACACCCCAUGAAAAAAUUGUCCACAUCUUGUCCAAUGCUGUAGGAGAGAUCCACAUGAAGACAAUGCCUGCAGCCAUGUACCGCCUGUUGACCGCACAGGAGCAGCCUUUUUACAUGUGACAAGACAAAGCCCUGCCUUCACAAACCCUUCAAACUUCCUGCAAUCAAGUCACUUCCCAAGUAAACCUCAUCUGUUCAGCCAGGCCUCAUUCUAACCCUUCCAUCCACAGCCAAUGCAGUGGA